AUGUAUCCCUUUUCAGGUUCCAUGGCUUUUGGAUCUCUUCUUGAGCCAAAUUUUAACUUAAUAGAUAUACAUGCUAUAGAUACUGAUAGAAUUGCCCAUUCAUUGCCUACAACUCCGCACAGAAUUUUCGUUACAGAUACACGUAAAGCAUUAGUUCUGGAUUUAGAUGAAACUCUUGUUCACACAUCAACAUUUCCUCCCCAUUCAGAUGUUGAAGCCUUAAAAUUCGACGAUACGAACGAAUACGUGUUUUUGCGACCAAAUGUAAAGAAAUUUUUGGAAAGAGUUUCAGAACUCUUUGAGGUAUUUAUCUUUACGGCAGGUACCCAGAUAUAUGCAGAAAGAAUCCUCGAUUCUUUCUGCCCACAAAUCGACCAAAUGCACCGUUUCUACAGGGAUUCGUGCAAAUUCAGUGGAAAUAAAUGCAAGAAGGAUCUUAAUAAGUUCGGAAGACCAUUAACCAAAGUGGUAAUGGUUGAUGAUAACUAUCAGAUGCGCAGUUAUUACCCACAAAAUACAAUUUAUAUUGACAGAUGGAGUGGUACUCCAUUGGAUGACGUUUUAAUGUCAAAGAUUCUCCCGAUUCUAGAAAAAUGUGCUGAUGCAGAAGAUGUCAGACCAAUUGUCAAGGAAUACGGCGAAAGAACUAUCGAGCGUAGAGCAUCAAGCUUUUUCUAA